CACAGGCUGAGCUGAUCCCACGUGUGACGCUUGCAUUCCCGGCUCAGUAAAAUUCUCUUUAGCGUGCUUCGGUGUAGUGUUGUGCCGCUUGUCUUCGUUAGUUACUGGCUAUAGUUGGGUUAGCUAUGGAGGGAGACGGGAGCCAAGCCACAUCUGGAGGAAGCCCUAAUGAUUCGCAACACGACCCGGGUAAAAUGUUUAUCGGUGGUCUCAGCUGGCAAACUUCACCAGACAGCCUUAGAGACUAUUUUACUAAAUUCGGGGAAAUCAGAGAAUGUAUGGUGAUGAGAGAUCCAACGACAAAACGCUCCAGGGGCUUUGGAUUCGUUACUUACGUAGAUGCUGCCAGUGUAGAUAACGUCUUAGCUCAGCCACAUCACGAAUUAGACUCAAAAACGAUCGAUCCAAAAGUUGCCUUCCCUAGACGUGCUCAACCCAAGAUGGUCACAAGAACAAAGAAAGUAUUCGUAGGAGGAUUAUCAGCGAACACAGUAGUUGAAGAUGUGAAGCUGUAUUUUGAACAGUUUGGCAAGGUAGAGGACGCCAUGCUUAUGUUUGACAAAACGACUAACAGACACAGAGGUUUCGGCUUUGUAACUUUCGAGGUUGAGGACGUUGUGGAGAAAGUAUGCGAGAUCCACUUUCAUGAAAUCAAUAAUAAAAUGGUAGAAUGCAAGAAGGCCCAGCCCAAGGAGGUGAUGUUCCCGCCAGGUACGCGAGGCAGGGCCAGGGGCCUGCCCUACACCAUGGAUGCCUUCAUGCUGGGGAUGGGCAUGCUGAGUUACCCAAACAUUGUAGCAACGUACGGCCGUGGAUACACUGGUUUUGCCCCAAGUUACAGCUACCAAUUCCCUGGCUUCCCAGCGACGGCGUAUGGACCGGUGGCAGCAGCGGCAGUGGCGGCAGUGCGUGGCUCAGGGUUCCCAGAUUAUGGGUUCUAUUCCGGGGCCGGGCCCAGUGACCUGCGGGGCCCCCCCUGCUCCUUUGCCGACUAUGGCUCCCUGGGGCCCCAGGCUGCUCAGAUGCUGCAGCACAGUGAGCAUCAUGCCACCUCCGCCUGCAACUCCCCCCUCCAGCACCACCUGCAGCACAGCCCGGACCCCUUUAAGAGCCCAGGCACCAACCAGGCCCGGCCCGGAGCCUUCCCUGGCACCAACAGUCCCGGGCCCGUGGCUGACCUCUAUGGCACUACGAGCCAGGACUCCGGCGUGGGCAACUACAUUAGUGCUGCUAGCCCCCAGCCUGGCUCUGGCUUCGGCCACAGCAUUGCUCAGAGUAUUUCAGGAGGCCCGGGGAAGACCGGGCGGAGUUUUUAACUGGCUAUGUGAACAGGUGAUGCCAUCCAACGCCAAGCACUACAGCAUCAACCCACAGGAGAAAAGUGGAGGUGGCACCAUGUGAAGAAGAACUGAAGAAAAUGUCAAAAUCAUCUCAGAAAAAGAAACUACAAUCUGCUGUACUAUAAUCCAAACCUGGUGUUCACAUCCAUAAUAUCCAACUGUAACCCAGUAACUUUGUGUAGGAUUUAGGUGUUUUUACCUUUAAAUGUUCCUUAUUUUAAAUCGAUUUAGUUUAUUUUCUUUCUUUUUGACGUAGUCUUCAAAUUAAUAAGGAAGAUUCAUUAUAUUUUUUACUUAGGAUCAAAAAUACACAAAUAUUGGAUACUAUCUUAAAUGAGUAACUAUUUAUGUACACUGUCUUAUUUCAUGUUUUAUUUAAAAAAUAGAUUGCUAUGUUGCUAUGGUUGUUUGUUUUCAUCCUUGGUAAUGGAAAACAUUUCAGGUGUCAGUUUGCACAUAUAGUGCAUUUGGAAAGUAUUCAGUCCACUUCACUUUUUGCACAUUUUGUUACGUUACAGCCUUAUUCUAAAAUGGAUUACAUUG